UUUGAAAUUGCUUGUCUGUUCUUGUUGGACGACUAGCUGGUCCUUUUGUAUUUAUACGUACGCAUUCAUCAAUCGUAUACACAGCAAGCAUCUUCUCUCCUAACUAGCUCUCGAAAUGGAGUUUCUUCUUUCACUCCCAACAAACACCAUAGCCACAACAAGCUUUGCAGUUUUAUUACUCUAUUUAUGUUUAAGGAUAUUCACAAAUGUCCUAAAACCCAAUAAAUCCAAAACAUCCCCACCACAAGCAGGUGGCGCCUGGCCUUUGAUUGGCCACCUCCACCUCUUCCGCGGCCCACAGCCACCACACAUAACAUUAGGCAAGAUGGCCGACAAACACGGUCCAAUCUUCAAAAUCAAGCUAGGCGUGCGUCCAACUCUUGUCAUAAGUGACUCCCAGAUUGCCAAAGAGUGUUUCACCACGCACGACAAAAUUUUGGCUGGCCGUCCAGCGUAUGUGGCCUUGGAAAUCAUGGGCUACAACAAUGCCAUGUUCGGUUUCAGCCCAUACGGCCCUUAUUGGCGUUACACUCGCAAGCUGGCGACUAUUGAGCUUCUCUCCAAUAAACGGCUCGAAACGUUUAAGCACAUAAGAGAAUCCGAGGUUAAGAAUGCCAUGAAAGAGAUGUACCAAUCAUGGGUAGUUCAUAACAAAAGCGCUAGCGGCCAUUCGAAUCAUGUUUCCGUGGACAUGUCUAAAAUAUUGGGAGACAUCAGCUCAAACGUGACAUACAGGGCUAUGGUAGGUAAAGUGUAUGCGAGUAAGGGUGAGGAGGAUGUGAGAUGGAAACAAGUAUUGUCCGAGUAUAUGAAGUUGUUGAGCAACUUCUCUUCGUGUGAUGCGUUGCCGUUUUUGAGGUGGUUCGAUUUCGGAGGUUUGGAGAAGUCCAUGAAAAGAACAUUUAAAGAAUUGGACAAUUAUGUUGAAGAGUGGUUGCAAGAGCAUAGGAAAAAAAGAUCCAGUUCUGGUGAUGGUAGAAUUGUGGUAGAAGACUUCAUGGACGUGAUGCUCUCCAUUUUUGAUAAUGUUGGUGAACAUGAGAAUUUUACUGAUUAUAGUCCUCACACAAUUAACAAGGCUACGUGCAUGUCUCUUCUAUUGGGGGCCUCUGAUACCACUAAGAGUACUAUGAUUUGGUGUCUAUCACUACUACUCAACCACCCUGACGUCCUAAAGAAGGUCCAACAAGAGUUGGAUGCUCACAUUGGUCCAGAAACACUAGUAAAUGAAUCAGAUGUCAAAUCAUUUGUCUACCUUGAUGCAGUUAUAAAGGAAACAUUGCGAUUAUACUCUCCAGGUCCACUCGGUUUACCACACGAGGCUAUGGAGGACUGCACCGUAGCCGGUUAUCAUGUCCCAGCAGGGACUCAGCUUCUUUUCAAUCAGUGGAAGAUGCAUCAAGAUCCGAAUGUGUGGGAGGAUCCUUCGGAGUUCAAGCCAGAAAGGUUUCUGACAACACAUAAGGACAUUGAUUUUAGGGGACGUCACUUUGAGUAUUUACCAUUUGCGAGUGGUAGAAGAAUAUGUCCUGGAAUAUCUUUUGCACAUCAAAUUCUGAUGCUUUCACUUGCUAAUAUGCUUCAUGGGUUUGAUUUCACAACUCCAAAUGGUGAACCAGUUGAUAUGGCUCAAGUUAGUGGAGGGACCCUUAUCCGUGCAACGCCACUUGAAGCCCUCAUCAGUCCACGCCUCCCAGGUCAUGUCUAUAUGGGGUGAAUUGCAAUAGCAUUAUUGCAAUAUAGCACUUGGUGAAUUAUAUAAGUCUACUUUGUUUGCUGGUUUGUAUGUUGAAUCUUGCUUAACCUAAUACAAAUUAGCGUUUGUAUGUUACAUAAAUAAUAAUGAUAAUAAUAAUAAUAAUAA